AAAGGGGCCAAGGAAGACUCGUGCUGACUACGCCUGCGCGCCGCACGGAGACAGAUCAAACCAACUAGGCUGUGUCAACGUACUGCGUCACUCUUUGGUCCAGAGCAUCAGCUGGGCUGGUAAUUAUCGUAAAUCUCCUCUGUGGGCACAAUGAGAUUGGUUGGUCAGAGGAUCAGUCAGCAUCAGGUCACGGGGCGUCACGAGCCUAUCACAGGUUUGCAUGAGCCCAGGCAUAGGUAUCGGACGACGUUGUCAUAUCCUCAAAGUCAAGGUGGCAAGCCAGGGAUGCUUAAUGUGGCAAAACAAGUGUAUCUUACUGUGAAAGGACGACCGACGCCGACGCCGCCGGCAACAGCGCGGACGGUGCAAGGGCACACGGAUGUAGUGUCGGCAGUCGCGUUCUUUAAAGAUGGUCGACGGGUCGUCACUGGUUCCUGGGACUGCACCCUGCAAAUCUGGGACAUGCAUAAAGGAGUAUCGAUAGGGAAAGCAUUUCUUGGACACAAGGACACUGUGCGAUCAGUCGCCAUAUCACCAGACGACAGACGAAUUGCCAGCGGUGGAGUAGAUAAUACUAUCAUCAUCUGGAACGUCGAGAGCAAGCAGAAAGUAUUCGAUCCGCUGGUGAAACAUACACGUACGGUGUGGUCUGUAUGUUUUUCCCCCGAUGGCAAGAGACUCGCCAGCGGGUCGAACGAUUCAACGGUUGUUGUAUGGGAUGCGGAGACUGGUGCUGUCAUCUCAACACUCGAGGGCCAUAGUGAUUUUGUGUUGAGUGUCGCAUUCAGCCCGGAUGGCUUGAAAUUAGCUUCCGGAUCAGAUGACCAUACCAUACGGGUUUGGCGCAUCGAUAACGCCGAACUUCUUCUUGAGAUCAACGCCCACGAAGAUCGGGUUCGAAGUGUUGUGUGGUCACAUGACGGCCAGCAACUUGUCUCCUCCUCAUACGACAAAGAAGUCAAGUUCUGGGAUGUAUUUAAUGGAGAUCAGAUCAGUCAUCCAUGUACCGGCCACACUCACCACAUCUACUCGCUCGCCAUCUCUUCUGAUGGCUCCUUUAUCGCUACCGCCUCGGAUGAUAAUACUGUGCGGCUGUGGAGCACAAAGACGCACCGGCAGAUAGGACAGGCACUCCAACACACCGCGGGGGUUCGCUGUAUCGCAAUCUCUCCCAAUGGAGAACUGCUCGUGAGCGGAGACGAGAAAGGGAAGAUUCGGUCCCAGUCUAUCAAGGACAUACUUGAGCAAGGCAAGGUGGAGGAAUGGCUAACAGAGGUAGACGAAACACACCGACAGCAACUUCUUUCUCGUAGUAACACCUGCGCGGUCACAACCACAACUACGAGCCCACCGGUGAUAACGACAUCACAAGCAGUCAUUUCUCGGAAAAUCAUGAAGUCUCUGGACAGAUUCUCAUUAAUAUCAUUUGGCAUCCUGGCUAUGAAUACGACGGUCCGCAAUGCAUGCAUUACUGGAGACCUGAAUGCCGCGGAAUUUUUGCUCACCCAAGAGAUUGAUGCAAAUGGCGCUAACUGCGAUUCCUAUGCUAAUCGCUCAAUCGUAAGGGCACGAAAUUCCGAGUGGGACAAUGCGCUUCAAGACGCAAUCAAGUCAAUUGCAAUCCAGCCCUCGUUAUUGGGCUACGUUUGCAAGGGUAUCGCUCUUUGCGGCAACGAGCAGCUCUGGGACGCGAUGGAAGCUUUUGAUCUCGCUUUCAUAUUUUCGAAUCGUGAUCCGACUACUAUUGAUCUUUUACUAUUGAUUAAGGCUGUUGCACUUUUCAAUGCCAGUCGCCACGACGAGGCAAUGCGGCGAGUUCGAGACCUCUCCACCGCUUUUCAACACUCAAAUACACUUCUAUGUAGUGUCGUUAGCUCGUAUCUAUGCGUGCAGCUUGCAAUAAUUGCUUUCGAGGAUGGGCGGUAUAAUGAAGUGCCGAUAACACCAUGUAAACCCAAGUGCAAGAUAUUCACAGUGCUCUUCGGCUGGGACUUGGAUUCGUUAUGGUCAAUCGCCAACCAAAGACGGUGCAAUGCAUGCCUCUGCGCUGGUCGAGUGAUCGAAGCGGUUGAAUCUCACCAUUACAUGACGAACACAAUUAACAAGGACCCGAAGAACCCGAAGGACAGCUACCUUAAAUGGUCCACUGGCAACCUUCAAGAAAAACUGCAUUGUGUUCUGUCUCGCAAAGGGGGAUGAGGCUGUUGCUGCGAGCAAGUAUGAGACAGCUGUUGAACUGUAUUCGGCAGGGAUAGGGUUGGAUUUCUCAUGCGAGUCCCUCUUUGCGCACCGCAGUAGGGCAAAUUUGGGCCGAAAAUUUUAUGCA